AUGUUGAGAGCUUCUCGAUGGUAUGCUAAAGAAGCUAUUCGUUUCAACAAUCAACCACGCCGUCUCUUGAGUACACAAGUACAAGACAAACCUUCUGGAUCCAUAAUGGGCAAAUUGCUUGGAUUGACAGUGGUAUUAGGUUCAGCCUAUAGUGGAGCAUCUUAUUAUGCUACUAUGGAUCCAGCAUUCCAUCAGACCUGGACAACCAAUGUUCCUGGCGCCAAAGAGACGGUCGCAUUGAUGGAAGAUAUCCAAAAGAACCAAGAAUUAAGCAAGUCUCCAGAAUGGAAGAAACAAGCAGAGGAAUAUGCUUCAACAGCUAAAUCGUAUGGCAACAAACUUCAAGCCUCCACUCAGGAUGCUAUUGAUUAUGCUACCAAUGCCUAUCAAACCUUGACUGGUCAAAAACCAGUGUCUACAUUAGACAUGCCAUCCCAACAGCAUGUAGAUACCUUGACCACGACACCUACCACUACCACUACAGUUCAAUGGACCACAGAUAAACCCGCACAACCUGCUGUUGUGGCCGUGGCUAUUGAGAAACCCGAACCUAUUGUGAUCAAGCGUAUUCAGUCCAACCAUGCUGUUGUUCGUGAACUCUCUCAGAUUGUGUAUGAAUUGGCUUCUAUCUUGAAUGAAUCUGGAUUGUCUGGAUUAGGUCGUGAUAUCAUCAAAGAAGCCAAUCUCAAGAUUGAACAACUCGGUCAAGAGUACAGUGCUUUAGAUGGCCAACAACAAGCUAUUUUGGAUGCUUUAAAGCAACUGAAUGCACAAGGGGAUAAGAUGGAAGGUAGCCUUGAAGCCUUUCAUGUCCAGGCCAAGCAAUCCAUCGAGAAAGCACAUGCAGACACAGCUGCUACCAUUGUAGCCCGUGAAGCUCAACUCAAGAACCAAUUUGAACAAACAAGGGCUGAUAUGAAGACCAGUUUUGCUCAACAGUUGGCUGCCGACCUCAAAAACCAACAAGCACGAUUGGAAAAGGCACGCGAAGAAGCACUUGUGGCACAAGCACAAGAAUUACAAGCUCGUUUUGUCAAGCAAGUCAAAUUGUUGGUUGAACAAGAAAGAGCAGGUCGUUUGGCUCAAUUGGACCAUCUCUCCAAGCGAUUCAAGGCAUUAGAGACAGACGCUAUUCAGAAUGCAGAGGCAUUGGAUACAUCGCGUCAAUAUCACGUCAUUCAUGUUGCUGUGGACGCUUUGGAAGAUGCACUUGAACAGAAACAAUCUUUUGUAGAUGAAUUACAGGUCUUGUCCAGCCAUACCACAGACCCAGUGAUCCAUACUGCCUUGAGUGUGAUUCCUAAAGAAACAGCUGAAGAAGGUGUUGAUACCAUCAGUCAAUUGUCCACUCGAUUUGAAUUGAUUUCAGAGGAGAUUCGUAAAGUGGCUCUUGUGCCUGAAGAUGGUGGAUUUGGUUCUCAUAUCAUCAGUCACAUCAUGGCCUGGUUGAUGUUUAAGAAACAGGGUCUUGUUGAAGGGGAUGAUGUCGAAUCUAUUUUGGCUCGUACAGAUUAUUAUUUAAAGAGAGACAAUUUAGAAUACGCUGCCCGCGAAUUAAAUCAAUUAACCGGAUGGCCUAAAAGAUUGGCUCAAGAUUGGAUUCAAUCAGCCAGACGUCACUUGGAAGUGAAACAAGCAUUACAAGUAAAAGUACAAGACCGUUUACAUGAUGGUGUCACAUUUGUUGUGUUUGGUGCUUCUGGUGAUUUAGCCAAGAAGAAGACAUUUCCUGCUCUUUAUGCACUCUAUAAGAAUGGUUUCUUGCCUGAAAAGACACAAAUUAUUGGUUAUGCUCGUACCAAGAUGGAUAAAAAGGAAUUCCAUGAACGUAUUGAACCCAAUUUAAAAGGAGAAGACAAAGAAUUAAAAGGAUUCUUGGAUAUCUGUAGUUAUCAUCCUGGUCAAUAUGAUCAAGCAGAAGAUUUCAAGAAGCUCAAUGAGUCCAUUGAAGAGAUUGAAAAAGACUACAAGGAUGAACAAAAGAACCGUAUCUUUUAUAUCGCAUUACCUCCCAGUGCAUUCGUGUCUGUCUCGACAGGUCUUAAGGAGCAUGUGACCAGUAAGAAGGGUAAGACAUCCAUCAUUAUCGAGAAACCCUUCGGUAAGGAUCUCGAGAGCUCCAAUCAACUGUCUGAAGAUAUUUCGAAAUUGUUCUCUGAAGACCAAGUAUUCCGUAUUGACCAUUAUCUCGGUAAAGAAAUGGCCAAGAACCUGUUGAAUGUUCGUUUCUCAAACAUGAUCUUUAAUGCUCUCUGGUCUAAUACACGCAUUGAAUCUGUUCAAAUCACAUUGAAAGAACCCUUUGGCUCAGAGGGUCGUGGUGGCUAUUUUGAUGAAUAUGGCAUUAUUCGUGAUGUCAUGCAGAACCACUUGCUGCAAUUGUUAACGAUGGUUGCCAUGGAACGUCCUAUCUCGCGUCACGCUGAAGCUAUUCGGGAUGAAAAAGUUAAAGUGUUACGUUGCAUUAAGCCAAUCAAAUUAGAGGAUGCUCUUUUAGGCCAAUAUGUCAAAAAUGGGGAUAAACCAGGCUACACAGAAGAUGAGACUGUACCUGAUGACAGCUUGGCACCUACGUUUGCCGCUCUGACACUCUGGAUUGACAAUGAACGAUGGGCCAACGUUCCCUUUGUGUUGAAGGCAGGUAAAGCAGUCGACGCUCAAAAAGGUGAAAUCCGUAUUCAAUUCAAGAAGUUGCCCGGCAGUCUCUUUAGUGAUGCCACACGUAAUGAACUUGUGUUCCGUGUUCAACCUACAGAAGCCAUGUACAUGAAAUUCAAUAACAAGUCCCCGGGCUUUUCUCAAGAGAGCAUUGUGACUGAACUUGACCUAACUUAUGAAAAGCGAUACAAGAACAUGUAUAUUCCUGCUGCUUAUGAAUCCCUCAUUUUGGAUGUUAUGCGUGGUGAUCAUGCUAAUUUUGUACGUGACGAUGAACUAGAAGCUGCCUGGAGUAUCUUUACACCUCUUUUACAUGAAAUUGAACAAAAGAAGAUUAAGCCUGAAUCUUAUGCUUAUGGUAGCCGUGGUCCCGACAAUUUGGAUGCCUUUAUUCAAAAGUAUGGCAUUGAAAGAUUAGCCGAUCAAAGCUAUGAAUGGCCUACUCAAAGCCUUGAAAAUUAA